AUGGCCAUCGUACUUCCCCAACUCGGACCCUGGGCCGAAUCGCACAUUCAGGCUAUUACCCAGGCUACCACUCAGGAAAGCUUCAACGAAGCGUUCGAUGCGUUCGUAACCAAAGAUGAAUCCCAUUUGGAAAUCAUAUUCAAUGGUGUCUCCGUUACACGCGACGAGUACAAAUCUCGGCUGAAGGGUGAAGCUUUCGAUGAAGCAGGUGCUAGUGUGCAAUUCAAUGGAAUUGCUACGGUUCCAGGAAAAGAUGACAAUGUGACGUCUAACUUCAUCGGUGAAGCAGGGAUAUUCUACACAGCAAUCAUCGCUGAAGGAAUCGUUAUUCGCGACGCUCCUGUGGAGAGGAGGCUUACCUCCUCGAUCAAUAUCUCUGUCAAGAACGACCCUACGAUUCACAAGCCUGCCACUCUUCCCGGUAUUCGUGGAUUUUUCGACCCUCGAAGGGCAUUCAAGAUUAAUCAGGUCGUUGCAAACGUUCCGAAUACUACUUCGUCGGCUUGA